AUGAACAGCAACAUCAAAGGAAAGGGUGGCCCCAGUAGCGACAAAAGACAAAUGGCAUUUGUCUUUGGUGCACUGAGCUUCCUCCUGGGCCUUUCUCCUGUGGCGGGCCACCUUCUUGGUGAAGCCACUGGCAAUGGGCAUCAGGCCCGAUCCCUCCUCCAAGACAAGAAACUUGGUGGUGACUAUGACUCUGAUAACACAGAAGGGGAGGUUGUUCCAGCUAACCGUGCAGUAUUCACUGCUGAAAGGUUCUCAGACAUGGCGAAUGGAAUUUGUUCCCUCUUUGAUGAAAGCGGCUUUGAGUUGGAUACCAUUGACUCUGUUACUCUAGCCUUUCACAACAACACGGCUUUUAUCUUGGAGGUUGACAACUUUGAGCAUGAUUCUCUGAUGGUAUCCACCGAUGAGAAUGAGGAUGACAUGGCAACAAAGGACGAGCAUUCUGCUUUGAUGAUGACUGUGGAAUCCCUCACCUUGCACCUGAGGAAUCCAGACUUCCACUCGAUCCAGCUUUUACGUCGUCACGAUGACACUGGCAAAGAAAAUUGUAUGAUGUCCUUGCACAAAGACGAGUCUACCUAUCUCAACUUAAAGAAACAUGCUGGCAACCGAAAGCUAUCAUUCUUUAAUGACAUUGGCAAAAGUUUUUCCAGUGCUGGAAGCAGUAUUUCCAAUGAACUCAAGAAGGCCGAACAGACAGCCAAGGAAGCGACAGCACAGGUAAAGAGCUUGCAGUCAACAGUCAACAAAGUGAACGGGGAAUUGGGCAAAGCAAAGAACACGGUCAACAGCUUGAACAAGAAGAUCACUUCUCUUGGUAGAGAGGUUGAGAAGCAAAAGGGCUUUGUCACCAAGUACAAGAACUAUGCCACCAGUCUAAAGAAGGACAUGACUAACCUUAACAACCAGGUUCAAAACCUUGGAAAUGAGGUGAAAAAUAAAGCAAACACAAUUUCAUCGCUGACCAAAGAGGUCCAGGCUAAGGGGAAUCAAAUCAAGAAUUACUCAAAGAAGAUCUCAAGUUUGGGUAACGAGGUGAAGAAGGGGGCCAAUCAAGUUGCAUCCCUUACAAAGAAAUUGGAAGUUGAAAAGAACCUCCAAAAAGCUGCUGAAGGUAGCUACAACACCCUCAGAAAAAGUGUGAACUCUCUUGGGAAUGACAUUCAGAAAGCAAUUGUUGAUCCUAUUACUUCAACGGUGGAUGAUGCUGAAAAAGCCCUGGACAACUUGGGUGAUAUCAUCAAGAAUCUACCCAGUGCCACCGUAAACGAGCUCAAAAAGCUGAACUUUCUUCCUGCAAGUGGGGAGAUUCUGGCUGAUGAAUUGGGGUCUGCUAUGUUGCACUUUGUGCAGCAAAACUUCUGUGUACCAUAUGAAUGCAUCGCUGACAAAGUAGGGUUGGACAUUUCUGAUAUUGAGCUCUACAAGAGUGACAUAGUCUCAAUCAGCACCAGUGUGGAACCCACAACAUGCCUGAGGAUCAAGAGUGUCCAGUUUGACACCAGCAAACUGGGAAAAUUGUUGAGUGACAUUGGAGAACUUCUUGCUCCACAUGCCAUUUUUGCUGAAGUGCAAAAGUAUCUAGAGGAUCAGAUGGAGCAGGCUGUUGAAUUCAAGGAUGAUGUUUUUAGCUUUCUGGAAGAUAUCAAGGGUUUUGCUGACAACAUUGUUGAUGAAGUUGGAAAGAUUGGAAGUCGCAGACAGCUGCUGAUGGUGACAAAUGAAGGAGAAGAGAAAGUUGCCACAGUGGAAGAAGUGUCAGCCAUGGCAUAUCAAAAGGGACUUGCAAAAUACCAAGAGCUGUAUGGAGAGCAAGUUUCAAAGGUCUUCAAGGAGCGCAAACUAGCAGAAAAUGCCAUGCAAUACAUUGGAUUUGAGUCUCUGGAAUUGGAACUCUCUGCUAACCUUGAACAAACGUUCACCUUGGAAGCUGAAAAGAGAAUGGGGUAUUCUGGAAGUGUGUUUGACGAAUCUAUGCACCAGACAUCGGUUGUCCCUAUUCCUGGUACUGGUGGCUUGGCAAGAGUUAUCCUUGGUGGGUCCAUGGAAGCCUCAAUGCCCUACGCCAUGUCCAUGGAAGCUGCUGCCAAUGUUACUUUUGGGUACAAUGUUGGCAAGACCACAAUUGUUGUGGAUGUGGUCAAGGGAACAUUCACAAAGAACAAGGAGGCUUUCACCACAAGCCUUGAUGUAGAUGCCUCGGUUGGCAUCUCUGCUACAAUGGCACUAAAGUUUGCGGCUUCAGCAAGUGUGGGGUUCUGCCUAGGUUUUACUGAUGAUACCUGCAUUUCCAUUGCUAUUGAUGCAAGCCAAUCUGCAGCUGCUGGAUUUGAUGCCUUGGCAACAUUCAACCUGGGAACUGAGCAAGAAGAACUGACAACAAUGUUCACUGAUGUGAUGGAAUAUGGGGAGGCACUUCAGCCACACUGUGAACAAGACAUGUCUAUUGCUGCUGGCUACUGGCAAUAUGUCAUGAGUCCGUCAGUGAAAGUUGAACUCAGUGGGAACACCUACUGUGUUUCAGAAAGUGAUGUCCUGUACAAACUCGAAGGGGAAAAAAUAUACGAUGCAAUUGAUAGCUUCUGUCUAUCUGCCAAUCUCCCAUUCUGA